AUGCCCUUUUUGAAACUCAUCCCCGUUGAGCGAUCAAGCACCGUGAAUGAUGGGUCAUCAUCGGCAAAAGGGAUCCUCGAUGGUUACAUUACCGGGCCAAACUCCAAGGACAACAGUAGCUUCGAUGACAAAAGCGGGUGCCAGUUCUUGAAGCUGACGCCGGAUACCGCAACCAAUAUCAACAUGAGUAACAACGAGAUCGGCAGCAACAAGAACAACAUCAACGACAACAAUAACUGCCACACCGAUGUGAUUGAUCAAGGUCAUCAAGGUCAGGGUCAGAGUCAGAAUCAGGCUCAGAGCCCGGGUCAGGAUAAGGAUCAGGGGUCAGGCCACGGGCGGUGA